AUGCCUAAAGUUCAGAACAUAAAAAAGUCUCAUAAUCCUCAGAUUUCUUGCUUAACAAAUGAAUACUAUCAACAACUGGAUUUUUUGCCUGAGAAACUAAGAACAAAACUGCUUCCAUUCCAGAAAGAUGGCAUCACUUUUGCCCUUGGAAGACAGGGCAGGUGUAUGGUGGCUGAUGAAAUGGGUCUAGGAAAGACAAUCCAGGCCAUUGCAAUUGCUUACUUCUAUAAAGAGGAAUGGCCUCUUUUAAUUGUGGUGCCUUCAUCCCUGAGGUGCUCCUGGACAGAAGAAAUAGAGAAGUGGAUUCCAGAGUUAGAACCUGAAGAAAUCAAUGUUAUUCAGAAUAAAACUGAUGUUGGGAGAAUAUCGACCAGCAAAGUGACAGUUCUGGGUUAUGGUCUUUUAACCACAGAUGCAUUGACUUUGAUAGAUGCACUGAACAAUCAGAACUUUAAAGUAGUUAUAGUGGAUGAAUCACACUACAUGAAGUCCAGAACAGCAACCCGCACCAAGAUUUUAUUGCCAGUGGUACAGAAAUCAAGACGAGCCAUUCUUCUUACAGGAACUCCAGCUUUGGGAAGGCCUGAAGAGCUUUUCAUGCAGAUUGAAGCUCUUUUUCCACAAAAAUUUGGAACAUGGACUGACUAUGCCAAAAGAUACUGUAAUGCACGUAUCAGAUAUUUUGGUAAAAGACCUCAGUGGGAUUAUAGAGGGGCAUCAAAUCUUAAGGAACUUCACCAUCUAUUAAAUGACAUAAUGAUUAGAAGAUUAAAGACUGAAGUUUUAACCCAGCUGCCCCCUAAAAUCAGACAGCAUAUUCCAUUUGAUCUUCCCGACAAAGCAGCCAAGGAUUUGAAUACCAGUUUGGAAGAGUGGAAAAAAUUAAUGAGAUCUCCAAAUGCAGGUGGCACAGAGACUGUUCUGGGCUUGAUUACUCGCAUAUUUAAACAGACUGCUAUUGCCAAGGCAGGUGCAGUAAAGGAUUAUAUUAAGAUGAUACUUCAGAAUGAUUCACUUAAGUUUCUGGUUUUUGCUCACCAUUUAAGCAUGCUCCAAGCUUGCACAGAAGCAGUCAUUGAAAACAAGACUCGCUACAUUAGGAUAGAUGGAAGUGUUCCAUCUUCAGAAAGGAUACAUCUGGUUAAUCAAUUUCAAAAUGAUCCUGAUACUCGUGUGGCUAUUCUAAGCAUUCAGGCUGCUGGUCAGGGUUUAACGUUUACUGCCGCAAGUCAUGUUGUAUUUGCUGAGUUGUACUGGGACCCUGGACAUAUAAAACAAGCAGAAGACCGUGCUCACCGAAUUGGACAGUGCAGUUCUGUGACUAUUCACUACCUUAUUGCAAAUGGGACUCUGGACACCCUUAUGUGGGGAAUGCUGAAUCGAAAGGUCCGGGUCACUGGGAGCACAUUAAAUGGUAGGAAGGAACAGCUUCAGGCUGAAGAAGAUGAUAAGGAAAAAUGGGAUUUCCUGCAUUUUGCUGAAGCAUGGACUCCAAAUGACAAUUUUGAAGAUCUCAGGAAGGAAGUUUUGUUCACUCAUUUUGAAAAAGAAAAACAGCAUGAUAUUCAAUCAUUCUUUUUACCAAAACCUAAAAAGAGACAGUUGGAGACCUCCUGUGAUGAAUCAAGGAUAUUUCAGGAGAAAAAUACCAUAGUGGCAUCGAGGGAUAUCAUUGAUUCUGAACAUAAUUUUGAACCUGAAACUAAAAGAUUGAAAUCAGUCACCACCCAUGACUGCAACAGCCUACCAGAGGAGAAACCAUCCAGGCCUGGACAAACCAAAGCCAAACUCAUGGAAUAUGUCCAUAAGGCCAAGUCCCCGACAACCACCCCAUCCCCUCCUGGAAAGGAUUGGCAGUGUGGUUUCUGCACCUAUAUCAAUAAUUCACUAUUAUCUUAUUGUGAAAUGUGUGAGAAUCCUCAAGGCAGUGCUGUUCUUCAAAUAGACAGCCUCAACCAUUUCCAGGACACAAACAAAAAUGAAGAAGAUGAUUCUCAAAUAGACAUCUCCAAAAAAGUACAAGCUAGCUUAGACUGUGACAAACAAGUCAUUGCACAGUAUGAACCUAACCAGUUGGCUAAUAGCAAGGAAGAAAUGUCAGAAGUUGAGAGGGAAGACAGGCUCCCGGCCCAAUCAGGAAAUCAGCAGUUGAAGAGUUCAGACAUUCUGCCAGUAUAUGAUACCUUAAUGUUUUGUGCAAGUAAGAAUACUGACCGGAUUCACCUCUAUACUAAGGAUGGAAAACAGAUGAACUGUAAUUUCAUUCCUUUGGAUAUAAAGUUAGACCUUUGGGAAGACUUACCAGCAAGUUUUCAACUGAAACAGAAUCGCUCACUGAUUUUGCGGUUUGUUCGAGAAUGGAGUAGUCUAACUUCCAUGAAGCAAAGGAUAAUAAGAAAAAGUGGGCAGUUAUUUUGCAGCCCCAUCCUUGCUUUGGAAGAGAUCACAAAGCAACAAAACAAACUAAAUAGUACUAAACGAUAUAUAACCAAAGAAGAUGUUGCUAUAGCCUCGAUGGACAAGAUGAAGAAUGAUGGGGGCCAUGUCCGUCUGAUCACAAAGAAGUCUGGGCCGUGCGUCUAUUCCACAAAAAACCUUCUUGAAGAUGGAUCCUGUGUCCCACUUCCAAAUCCCUCCACAGCACCAGCUGAUCUCAGUAUAGCCAAAGGCUAUUUGCAAGCUGUGGAUAAUGAAGGAAAUCCUCUUUGCCUUCACUGUCAGCAUCCCACUUUCCAAACUAAGCAAGAGUGUAAAGCAAAUGCUUGGGAUUCACGGUUUUGCUCCCUGAAAUGUCAGGAAGAAUUUUGGAUUCGAUCUGAUAACAGUUAUAUGCGAGCCAGAGUAUUUGAAAUUGAACAUGGUGUGUGUCAGCUAUGUAAUGUGAAUGCACAAGAACUCUUUUUAUGUCUGAGAGAUGCACCUUUAAGCCACAGGAAGAAUCUUCUGGAUGCCACCUGGACCUCAAAACUCCCAUUGGAACAGCUAAAUGAAAUGAUAAGAAACCCGAAGGAAGGACAUUUCUGGCAGGUGGAUCACAUCAAGCCAGUGUACAAGGGAGGGGGACAGUGCACCCUAAACAACCUGCAGACUCUCUGCACGGUCUGUCACAAAGAGAAAACUGCUAAACAAGCCAAGGAAAGAAGCCAGAUGAGAAGACAAUCUCUAGCAUCAAAACAUGGAUCAGAUAUAACACGAUUUUUGGUGAAGAAGUAAAGUAGAAAAAAUAUAUGAAUGGAUGACAAAUUGUCUACGU